GACUUUCUCAAGCCCGUUUUCUUUUCUGGCAAUUCUUGCCAGCUCGGAACGUACAGAACCGUUUUGGACCCGCCCGCAUUGGACUGGACCAGGAUCGGGCCAGGACCAUGUCGGGGCCUCCCGAGUGGAUUGCGGUUUGGGUUUGGGUCACCUUGGUGACUCUAGCCCGCCUCGGUCAGACACACACCGGGACAAACGGUGACGUCCACGGAUGUCCAGACGCGGGAUUCUUCCCGGCCCCCGUGUGGAAGUUCCUGGCAGUGUCAGGACGCGCAGGAGGCGCUUUGGACUUGGGUCGGCCGCGGUUCCGUUGCGGCGACACGACGCUUUCUGUGCGCGUGUCCCUCAUCCGACACUCCAAAGCGCGCCUCCCAGACGGGAGGAGGCUGCUGGCGCUGCACGACGCAUGCGCGGCUUCUGUUCGGAGUUUCGGUCCGUGGCUGCUGCUCAAGCUGCCGUACAGCAGCUGUCACCUGCACGCCACGGUGUCAAAUGGAAGACAUUUUCACCAGCUGGAAGUCCAUUAUUUUGACAGUCUGCUGCAGACUAACAUCAUAGGUGUGGCUUCCUGUGAGAAUCCUGCCACCGCCGUGAAACUGACACCGCCAUUGGUCCUGUGCAGCCCAACACAAAUAAUUGUCAAAGUGCCUAUGGGGACCAAAUUGAUAAGGGUUAAAGAUCUGGGAAAUGACGGUGACAUCCGCACUACGAUCAGCACGUCUAAUGCAGGUGCUGUGUUUGUGCAGAUCUCUACACCAGCUAAUAUGAGUUCCAUUAUGGAAAUGAUUCUUUUGGACUCUCUCGGGGACAUGUCCACCAUGCUGGCAGCUUGUAACAACGCAACCACACAAAGUGGACGAACACGUCAGCCAAGAUCUGUGCAGCAACUUCACAUGCAUGAACGAGGAGGUGUCGAGGCCAGGAAUGUUGAAACUUACAACCCAGAAACGCAAGCAUGUGCGACCCCUGUAACACGGGUGUCACAUGACGAUGCCCAUAUCUUUGAGUUGUGGGGUUAUGAUGAAAUUCCUCAACGGCCAUAUACUGUAGACAAUACAGGCGACACAACAUGUGAUCAAAUGCCUGCUAGCCUUACACCAACUCCUUUGGGCAAAAUUGACACUUCGCCUGAAGUGGCCUGUGCCGCAACUACCUCAACUGCAAGCACAAGUCUGUUCACUGGCACCUGUUCACCCCCAGCAUCAACACAUACCACUACUACGAAUCUAUGUCAAAUUCUGCCUGCAAUUACCCCUGUCGCCCUGUGCCCCUCAGCAGCAAUGGCUUCUACUUCUGUGGCGCUGAGUAGUUGUGCUACUCAUGAUGUACCAAGCAUCCAAUAUUUUGAUUGGCCAACAUAUGAAUCUUCUAAUUGGCCAACAUCUGAAUCAAGAACUACUCCACCAGAAAAAAACAGUCCUGUUGUACCAAGCACCAAAUCUUCUAAUUGGCCAACGCCUCAUCAAUCAACAGCAGCAACAACCAGUCCUGUUCUACAAAGCAGCAAAUCUUCCAAUUGGUCAACACCGACUGAAUUAACAACUACACCAUCAGAAACAACCAAUCCUGAUAUACCAAGCACCAAAAGUUCUAAUUGGCAGACACCUCUCGAAUCAACAACUACAACACCAGAAAUAACCAGUCCUGAUGCACCAAGGACCAAAACUUCUAAUUGGCCAAUAACUCCUGAAUCAACAGCUACUACACCAGACACAAGUACUUUUGUGCGAAGCCCUAAUACUCUUGUGACACCUUCACAAACUGCACAACCGUCAAAAAUGACCAGUCAUGAGAUACAAAGCACCAAAUCUUCCAAUUGGCCAACAGCUACUACACCAGACACAAAAACUACAACACAACCAGAAAAAUCCAGUUCUGAUGUACCAAGCCCCACAACGCCAAUUGUGACAACCACUUCUCAACCAACUAAUAUGAUGCCAGCAAUAACCAGUCAUGAGAAACUGCAACACAAUCAGAAACAACCCGUCCUGAUGUACCAAGCACUGAAUCUUCUCAAAAGCCAACACCUCAAUUAA